UAUAUAUAGCUACUACCCUAGUAAUUAUGCCUAUUCCGACGUUUGCACAUGUGCAGAACGGAUCUGGCAGCCGGCUCAGAUCGGGCAGCAACACACACUCACCUAAAUUGCCUAGCUAGGAAGGCAGUGAGCUCUAGCUAGGUAGAUAACGGUGUGAUUUGCUGUACUGAGCCUCCUAAUGGAAUUAUUUGCAUUUAAACAACAUAGACCGAAUAACACCAUCUAACAAACGUGUUUGAAAGUAGCUGAAAAUGUCAACAGAUUUUCUCAGCCCAGAGCCCAGAUAUGGUAAGUUGAAUGUGCUGGUCACAAAGCUUCAGGAGUUUCUGGCUCACGUGGCUGAAGAACAAGAUGGAGACUUGCCGUCACCACAACCUGUGAAUGGGCUGGUGGCUGCCAAUUCCAUUGUGUCCCAAGCAACUGACCAAACCAUAAAGGAGGAGGCCCAGCCUUGUUGCUCUAGUGUGCUGAAGCCGCCUCAUGAGAACAGACAGCCUUCCCCUGUUCGCUCCAGGAGGAAGCCCUUGAUCGUUAUCCGACACACUGGUCAGGACGAGUCAGACUGUUCCUCAGACAGCAGAAGCAGUGUUUCCGACGACUCCAGCGACCUAAACAUUGACUUUCUCCCUAAAGGGACGGUUGUGGUGAGACCACAGCCUGUGGAAGACGGUCGGGAUGAGUUUAGAGGUCCAGAAUUCGGCACCAAAACACGAAGUAAACAGAACAGGUUGCUGAAACAAAACUAUGAUCUGCAGGUAGUAAGCUGUACGGCUUGUGGACAACAGGUCAAUCACUUCCAUAAGGAUGCUGUGUACAGACAUCCAGCCCUCAAAGUGCUUAUCUGCAAGUCUUGUUUCAGAUACUACAUGAGCGAUGACAUCAGCAAGGAUGCCGAUGGCACUGACGCCCAGUGCAGGUGGUGUGCAGAGGGAGGCAAUCUGAUUUGUUGCGACUACUGCACCAAUGCCUUCUGUAAAAAGUGUGUGUUACGCAACUUUGGACGUAAGGAGUUGUCUGACAUGCUGGACGCUGACAAGAAGUGGCACUGUUACGUGUGCUACCCCGAGCCCCUUGUUAGGUUGGUGUUGGCUUGCGACACUACCCUUCAAAAUCUCCAGAAUGGCGGAACAAGAAGGGCGCGCUUAGACCCACAGAGAGCAAAGAUUUUGGCUCUAAAGGGUCAGCAGACUCCGACUCAGACAGAGGAUUCUGAGGCGCCUCUCUCCACCGGCCUUUUGCAAAGGACUCAGCGCCUGGUUGAGAUGACCAUGGCCCUCAACCAAUCCUUUGUGCAGUUUAUGCAAGUCAGUGAGGAAGACAACAGUGAUGAAGAGGAGGAAAGAACUAUUAAACUGAAGGACUACUCUAAUGUUCCAGUAGACUUGCAGAACGCCUACAAUGCCUUGCAACAUGCUGUUGAAAUGGAGCUUCGUAGGUGUGGGCAGGAAGACCCAAGGACAUUGUACACUUCCAGCGAACAAGAGCAUCCCGCAUCUCAGAUCAAGGAAGGCCAAACUUCUAGUGUGGGAGAUGAGGAACAAGAGGACGAAAGAGGCAUUCAACCAAUGGAUGAGGAGAGCAGGUGCUCACUAUGGGUACAGCAAACGCCCCUCCUUACAUCGACUGACACUAGCGUGGAGGGAAGUGGCAUAUUUGAGUUGGAGAAGAGCUCAUCUCCUGACCUGGAAAGGACCAGCAUUCCGAAAAGCAAACUUUACGACCAGUCACCCUCUCCUUCCUACUCGUCAUCCUCCUCCUCUUCCAGACUGACCACAUCAGUACAGCCGAGGCCGAGAGGUCGCCCUCGCAAACGACAGCCCAAAUCACCAGGACCAGUUGAGCUCUCUUCUCACAGCUCAUCGAGUGACACUGGGGGAUGUGGCUCAGAGAGUGGAUGUGACAGCGACUUCAAAGACCAGCACCUCACAACCAAAGGUGUUUCCCCGCUGAAUGCCAGGACCUUUCAAGUGUUACCCAACUUUGAUUUCUGCACUGCUUGUGGACAGCAAAUGAAUCACUUUCAGUGGGAUGCUGUCUACAGACAUCCUGCUCUCAAAGUACUUAUCUGCAAGCCUUGUUACAGAUACUACAUGAGCGAUGACAUCAGCAAGGAUGUGGAUGGGGCUGAUGAGCAGUGCAGGUGGUGUGCUGAAGGGGGAGACCUUAUUUGCUGCGACUACUGCACAAACGCCUUCUGUAAAAAGUGUGUGUUGCGCAACUUCGGACGUAAAGCACUGUCGGCCAUCUUGGACGAGGGCAGAAAAUGGCAUUGCUACAUCUGCAACCCAGAAGCAUUGGUGGGCCUGGUCCUAGCUUGUGAUGCCACCUUUGAGAACCUUCAUAACUUUGGCAUAAAAAGGGCUCGCUUAGACCCUGAAAGAACUGACAUUUUUGUCCCAAAGGGUCAAUUUAGCCAUACUCAGGAUUUCUUUCUCUCUGUUCACCUCUCUGCGAGGAAUCAGCGUCUGGUUGAGAUGACCACGGCACUUAAUGAGUCCUAUAUGCAAUUUAUGCAGAGCUUCCAAGAGGUCAGCUUUGAUGAAGAGGAGGACGGAACAAUGAAACUCAAAGCAUACUUUAAUAUUCUCGUAGACCUUAAGAAGGCCCACGAUGCCUUAAAGGAAACUGUUGAAGCAGAGAUCCAGAGAUGCAUGCUUAAAGGCCCAUAGACCACAGACUGAGGAAUGAAAUUGAAUCAUUUCAGUUGAUGUGAAACCAAUGGAAUGGAUGUGUGUCUGUGAUAAGUGUGGAGAGCUAGAACUGAGAGCUGCUGUCUUCUGAGGCAACCUUUUGUAUUUCAUGCCAUUGACCCUGGAAAAAGAUUGCCCACCACUUGUAGUCUGUAGAAAUAUUAUGGGAUACUAGUCCCAUUAUAACUCAGUGGGCUCUAGUUUGAGAAUGAGAACAGCUGGUGAAAAUGGCCGAAAUGACCAAAGUCAGCUAUGGGGCGGCAGACACUGGAAAGAGUGGCCAAAGCUAAAUCCUAAAUCAGUAGACGAUGGGUGGAAGCUAGAUGAUCGGUGGUAACUGGCCUCUGAUUGGUUAAGGUCAGGUGACUGGUUUUAACCAAUCAGAGACCAGAAUUACUUCCGGUUACCACCGAUUGUCGGUCUACAAGUCAGUUGAUUAUUAAGACCUAUAACUUCACAGAACUAAACAAAAAAUUAAAGAUUGUUUAAAAGUCAGGCAAACGACACCGUUACUCAACGAAAAAAAAUAAAGGUCCUGGCAUUAGCCAAGCAAACGUAUAGUGUUUUACGUUCCAGUCAGGUUACUGGUCUUAACCAAUCAGAGACCAGAAUUACUUCCUGUUAGCACCGAUCGUCUGGCUUCCACCCAUCGUCCCGACAUCGUUACCGACAACAGCACUAUCUGCUGAGUAAGUGGGAGUGGCUGACUGAGGAUUCCAAAACAUCCCAUGGUCACAGCAUGCCAGUGGGGGCCAGGGUGUCCCACAUGCUAAUGGAGAAAACUGUAUUUUGAGAGAGAAUUUCAUUAUGUUACAUGUCUUAAAAGCACUGCAUGGCAAUGCAUUGUGACUAGUUUUGUUCAGAUUUUCACUUUGUCUGCAUUUGCGUGUGUGUGUGUGCGUGUGUGUGUGCGUGUGUGUGUGUGUGUGUUACCUCACUUUACGAAAGAAGUCCCUCAGUUGAAACUUACAGUGCUGCAUUUCAUACUUGGUAAAAUCAAGCCCCCUGGGCAGCUUCGUGCCCUUUAUGCCAUGUUGCCGCUGCCAAACUAGAGCCCAAAGUGUUUGAGGUCCAAGUAUCAUUGGAGUAACAACUCUAGGUUGAUGCUUACACUGAGUGUAUGAUUUCAGGGUUUGGAGUACAUUGAAUCUCAGUUGUUUAUUAAGCCUCUUAUAAUGCCUGUGGUCACAUUUCCCCCCCAAUUCACUUUUGUUGUCUCACAAUUUGUUAAAUUAAAUCUAACUUAUUUUUUUGAAUCUCUUUUAAUUUUCAUAUUUAAUGCAAACAACUGAAACGCAAAAUUCAUGUAAUCAUGACUUUUCAGGUCUCCACUACAGAUUUAGCUGAUAUCAGUGAUCCUGGGGGCCAUGGCCAUACCUCUUUUGAAUGUUCUAUCCUCAGAAACCUUCCUUUUCUGUUGUUGCCUUUGCUGUAGAACCAUCGUUGUGGACGUUUUCCAUGAAAGUUGAUCCUUACAUCUCAAAAGGUAUAGAGAUUGCUCAUGAGUUUGAUCAUGAGAUUGCCAUGAUUCACCACAGAGCUCCUUUAGUUGAAACUAUAGUGUGUGAAAAUGUUAAUUAAAAAGGGAUGCACACAGCCCUCUAUACCUACGGGUUCCCUCUGCUUUAAACAAAGAGGACAAAAUGCACACUUAACAGUUGUGUCACUCUCGAUUGGAGAUUUUGAUAGUGUGAUCAUCAUUUCCACAAACUUUAGGUAUGGUGACAUUUUUGAUUCCCAGAUUUACCAAACAUGCAAACAAGUAUCAAUUCAAUAAACAACUUAUUUGGUAUUGUGUAAA